AUGUAUAAUCCGGCUGUUGGCUUCCUCUUCUACGGCUCUUCUUGGAGAGCGGACGAAUAUUGGCAAUCGCUGGAACCUGCUCAUGCGCUGGUGUUUGGCUAUGGGUAUCUGACCUGGGAAUGGCGUGAAGGACUGAGGUCGUUUGUCCAUCCUUUGCUCUUCGCACUGGUUUACAAGCUCUGUGAGUUGCUCGAUUUGGGUGAGAUUGGUGUUGUAUACAUGCCCAAAUUGACACAGGGAGUGGUUUGCGCUAUUGGUGAGUGGUAUUUGUACAAGUUUGCAUACUCGCUGACAAAGAAUGAGAUCAUCGCCAGGGGUACACUGUUUCUCAGUGUCAUUUCAGCAUUUAACUGGUUCUGUCUAACGAGAACGUUCAGUAAUAGCCUUGAGCUUACGCUGAUAACGGCGUCUCUGAGCCAUUGGCCUUGGAAUUCAAAGAGCAUCAACUGGAGAGGUUUUGGAAUAAGUCUAACAUUGGCUGCAUGGAGUUGUUUCAUCAGACCAACAAAUGGGCUUAUAUGGUUGAUUUUGGCAAUUCAAUUUCUUUGGAAGUUAUCCUGGACUAACCGCCUGCAAAGUGUGCUGUUCGCUUUGGUGAUCGGCAUAGUGGUUGGAGCCAUAAACACCGUAAUAGACUAUCUAUACUACGGGGAAUUGGUAUUCCCAAUGUGGAACUUCAUCAAGUUCAACGCGUUGGCCUCACUGUCAAGAUUCUAUGGCGUUGCACCAUGGCACUUCCACAUACUUCAAAGUGUUCCGUUAAUGUUGAUGCUCUAUCUUCCCUUCUUCGUAUACGGGCUGAUUAAGGCACCUUAUACCGGGCUGAAAUGGAUCAUAUUACUCGUACUCGCAGCAUUUUCUGCCAUUGAUCAUAAGGAGUUCAGAUUCAUCCUACCUCUACAACCUUUCAUGCUUAUUCUCACUGCUUUUGGCUCAUACCAUUUGUACUUACACCACAGUACUUUGGUGACGAAUUCGAUUAUUGGCAUCAUGAUGGUCAACACUUGCAUUUCACUCUUCUUUACACAAUGGCACGAGAGUGGUGUCAUCAAAGUUAUCGACUAUUUGAAAACAGACCCAGAUGCUCAGUCCCUGGGAUUUUUAAUGCCAUGCCAUUCAACUCCAUGGCAAUCUCAUCUCCAUAGGCCAGAUUUGGAAGCGUGGUUCCUCACUUGUGAACCUCCAUUGCAUCUGCUGGAUGGAGACAACCAUUCUAAACACGAAAUCGAUGCAUACAUGGAUGAAUCUGACUAUUUCUACGACAAUCCAGUGAAAUUCCUCCAUGAGAACUUCCCACCUCCGUUCAAUAAAAAGUUAAGAACUCCUGGACGAAUACCUGAAAGAUUCACCUUACGAGGAGUGUACCAGAUUCUUCAACUCGUACUUUCACUGGGAUGA